GUAUUGUGAGUGUUUUUAUAUACCUUGAAUGACCUUGAUCCUAUAGGCAUGGAUUCUAUAGGUAUCUUUGUUGUGACCUUUGAGGUUUAGACCAUGACGAUGAACAACCUUCUUUCGACUGACUACUUCAGCCCGCGUCUCUGAACAAUCAAAGUGCACGUGUAUUCUGUAAGCGCUAGACGUCAGGUGGAGCUGUUAGCACACCCCGUCACGGAGUCACGAGUUUACUCCCGAGGAAAAGAUGGUCCUGCCGCGGAAAAGGAAGAGGGUGUUUGACGUUCUCGAGCAGCGGCCUUACGGGGUGGCCAGCGCCGCUGACCUCCACACAGCCAGCAAAGACUGUGCCGGCUUCGUGGAGCGUCUGGCGCUGUGUCACCGCCUUCCCGUGCACACUGGCUGUGUCAACUCCAUCUGGUGGAAUACCGCCGGCACCCUGCUGCUCUCUGGCUCUGACGACCAUCACCUGAAGCUGACCGAGCCCUACACGGCCAGGAUUGUGGUGGAUCACCAGACCGCGCAUCGUGCCAACAUUUUCUCGGCCAAGUUUCUUCCGUUCUCCAACGACUCCAAGAUCGUGUCCUGCUCGGGAGAUGGCGCCGUUCUCUACACAGACCUCCAGGACCUACCGUGUGUGUCGGCCGGCCGGCCGCCGCAGCUGUACCUCUGUCCGGCCGGCACCACGUACGAGGUGCUGACCUGGGACUCGGAGCCGCACUGCUUCCUCAGCUGUGGAGAGGAGGGAGCCGUGCGCAGCUACGACCUCCGUCAGCACCGCGCCUGCAGUGUCCGAGGCUGUACAGAGACGGUGUUGCUGUGGGCGGACCGCGCCGUCACCACGAUGGCGCUGAACCCCGCCUCUGUCUGGGAGCUGGCCGUGGCCACCGCAGAUGGCGCCGUCAGCCUCUACGACCGGCGCAUGGUGCAGCCGCAACAGAACGGUGGCGCCAUUCGCCAGUGGACGGCUCCCGAUUUCCAGGGCACUGGUCGCCGCAUCACCGCACUCAAAUACGCCACCGGUGGCCGGGAACUGCUCGUAUCCUACUCAGCCGGCGACAUCUACCUAUUCGACCUCGCCGAGACGGAGACGUCUUCGGAGCCGGCAGCCGCCGCCGCGCAGCCGGCCCGACCGCCGGUGAAGCGACUGAGACUGCGUGGGGACUGGUCCGAUACGGGACCUCAGGCCAGGCCGGAGAGGAUGGGAGCUGCUACUGGAGGAGGAGAGAGGGAGGGAGAUGCAGAGGAGGGAGGAGCGCCGACGGAGCAGGGUGCUGAGGAGGACCGCCCGCGCCGCUCUGGCGUCUCACUGCACGCAAACCUCAUCAACCAGAUGAGUGACGUGCUACAGCGCCUGCUGACCAGUGAGAUGCCGAGCCGGCCGACGGGCGUGACGCCGGCCCCGGCCCGGCCCCCGCCGCCGCCUCCAGAUCUCAGCCGGAGACCGGUCACACGCCGGGUCAUGGAAAGAAUUCGACAGCGGCGCGCGCUCAACAUGGAACAGGUGGUGCAGGGCAUGGAGUCUCUACAAACCUCCUCAGACCCGUCGGAGCCGAACCAGACCUCUGAUGAUGUCACUACCGAGCCGGCAAACGGAGCAGAGGUCGGAUCAUCCCCUGCGGAGGCCGGGGAGGAAUUGCCAGACGCGGGAGGCGCUAUUACGGAUACGGCAGGCGCUGCCGGGGAGAAUUGUGUCGUUCAGGCGGAGGUGCAGACAAGUACGGUGGCUGUGGACGAAAAGAAUAGUGCCGAACAUGAUGCUAGUCAGGAGACUGGUUCAAGAGAUCGAUCUGAAGGAGUUGCCGAUGAGGUAGCUCGCAGAACUGUUAGUGGAAAUGAGGGAGCCAGAAGCGGCUCUGCUGACACCUCUGCAGCUACAGACACCACGUCAGGCUCAGCACCGGAUGACACAAGUUCUGCGGAUGACGCUACGGAUGGUCCGACCGGCACAGACGGCGCUGCUGUCGCUGUGUCUACCUCUGAUGAUACCGUGCCCACUCCGGAGGCCCCGUCUCCUCUUGGAUCGUACCUGGAGGCACAACCGGUGGCGCCUCGCAGUGAACCGCUGGUCAGCCUCUACUACAACCCUCAGAGCUCCACGGCCGGUCAGAUAUCCGUCGGUGGCCCUGAGAGUGCUUCCAGCGGGCUCCCUCAGCCGCCAGAGACGGAGCCGCGCCACGCCACCUACGCAGAGAGAGCUUUACUGCUGUCGUGUGGCUCCGCCCAGGAGCCGGAUCGGGCAGAUCCGGACGAUCCGGACGACCAGGAGGCGGCUGGUGGUGCCUGCUCCGGCUCCGGAACUGGCUCCGGACGACAGCAGCCGCGGGUGGUGGGGCGGUACACCGGACAUCGCAACGCCAGGACGAUGAUCAAAGAGGCCAACUUCUGGGGCUCGGAUCACGUGCUGUCCGGCUCCGACUGUGGCCACGUGUUUAUCUGGAACCGUCACACGGGCCGGCUCGUGGCCGUGCUGGAGGCCGACCGGCACGUGGUCAACUGUGUUCAGCCGCACCCGCUGGAUCCCCUUCUGGCCACAUCGGGUAUUGACUACGACGUCAAACUGUGGGCCCCGCUGGCGCCGCAUUCCACGCUGGAUGAACAGAGGGCGCAGGAGCUGAUGACCCGUAACGCCAUCAUGCUGGAGGAGACGCGGGACACCAUCACCGUGCCGGCCUCCUUCAUGAUCCGCAUGCUGGCCUCUCUCAGCAAUCGCAGAGGUCGAUGAAGGUGGCGUUCCGGUAGUUUUAGCGAGAAAUAGUCGACGAGCGACCUCUUCGAGUGAGCUCACCGCUGGGAAACCGGGAAGGUGAGAGCAAUGCAAGAUGACGACGUAGAAAUGGAGCCUCAAGUAGCGAAUGGUGUGAUGAUUUGAAGAAAUGUUCACUUUUGUCUGAAUGGUGAGUGAUGCUUUAUGAAACCCUGCAUAUUAUCUGAAAGCUGUUGUCCAACCCGUGAGAUUUCAUUUUUAAGUUGCCGUAUUUGAAAGGCCCACUAGUCAGUGGUUUGGUGAAUGAAUCAAUGUUCGCAAAAUGAACAUUUCAUUCGCAGAAAAGGCUAUCUAAGUGACUAAUCAUGCUACACCAAAGCUACUCGUGAGGUUAUAUAUCGUUUGCAAUUUUACAAUGCGAUUAAAGGUUGUCUUAUGUUCUACCGAAGUCACCGGUAAAGUGAUUUAUCUUUCUCAAUUUUACAUUUGUGAUAUGUUGCUUUAUUUGUAUACUCCCUGAUGGAUAUUUAUCAAGAACUGUCUCAUUCGUACGAAGAUAUGGGAAGAUACGAAUGAUCGAGUCGAUUUGAAACAAAGGAACGUUUGCUACCGGGCCGUGAAUGUGAAUUAACGGUAUUGCAAGCCGUGAAUUUGUUACCAAAGCACUCGGCUGAGCCUUCGUCCCAAUGAUAACGUCAUUACGCAAAACGCAAAGUGCGUAUGUGCCUGUACGCCAUUGGUUGUGAUCAUUGUGGCAUAGUUACACCUCGUACGCGUGUUAUGUCAUCAUGCACGGCUUACGAGCGUUGUCCCAAGCGCACUGAGCCAACAGGAGGAAAAUUCACAUGUCGAGUGUUUGUAGCUGAAAUAAUUAAGCUGCUCACUGUUUGGAGACUGUGCUUGCCAGAGUGACUCUCAGCGAUGGAUGUGAACAUGAGUCUCGUUUUUUGCAUCCCUCCAUUUCCGUCCAAGUCUCCUGACCCCUUCCCCCUCAAAUGAGCUCGCCCUCCUUCCCCGCUGCCCCCCGCCCCCUUGCCGCCUUCCGUGCCAGCCAUGUGAUAUGUGGCGCCAUCUUCUCCCACACUAUGUAAGAAUCCAGCAUACAUACGCACAAUCCACCCGCCCGUAAUUCGCAUAAGGGCACCAAUGCACGGAAAACGGCGGCGUUGCGUGCGAUGUGCGUGAUGGGGUGCGUCCGAAAUGCGUCGGUUGUGUGCGUUUUAUUUGAAACGAAGCUCUGUAAGAUGCGGUUCGGUGGAACGUGGACGCUUUGGGAAAUGCCGUGAGCAACCCGUGUUUAUUACCCGUGUUAUAUUAUCAGUUUUAUUAUCUCGAGUCAGUCUACUGGUUGUGUUUGCCGAAUCGUGUAUUGGAGCUGCAAAUUUGGCGUCUUGCGUUAUGAGUUUGAUGCUUCAGUGAGUGCGUUUGCACUGUUGCUGUUGCUUCUAUGAUGCCUGUUUGACGUGGCAUUUUGAGAUUAUCUACAGUCAUCUCUCCCCUCUUUGAGCUCACCUGUUAUUUUGUUUGAAGGAUGACGUGCUCUAUCCAGUUUGUCUCUAUAAACCUACUGGUUUUGCUGUUUAGCGUGCAUGUAACUGUGUGUCUCAAAUGUGGUGCUCUUACUGAUAUUACCGUAUAGCACUCCUGCUUUGACUGUUUGAUGUGCACCUACUGCUGUGCCUCAACACGGAUGUAUUGUGAUAACGCGUGCCGUGCAAUAAAAGCAAAACUCACUGGUUAUAUACUGAAAACA